AUGGGAUUUGAUGAAAAGAGGUUCAUGUUUGAUGGUCUCUGCCAGUAUACAAUUGUUGAGGUAAGUUUAAGAAAAACAUCAAUCACUUAUUUGCAACCACUACAUAUUUGAAAUAUGCACUACAUACUUGGUUAUAUGGCUUUUGUUUACACAUAUUACUGUGUACCACAUAAAAGAAGUAUGGUAAUUCCAAAAAGACUUUUAAAAAACAAUGAAAACAUGAGGUAUUAUGAACAAGCAGCAUUUUUUUUAUGAGAAAAAAUGUACAUACAGGUUCUUAAGUUAGCCCUCCAAGCACCAUAACCCAAACAGCAAUAUGUAUUGGUUAUGGUGCAAGGAGUUCCCUGGAAUCCCCCCCUCCCAAUUGUAAGUAACUAUACUGAUUCCCACCUCCACUACUUCCUAUGGAGAGCUGGAAACUCCUAAAAAGAAGCCUCUACUAAUUUCUACUACUUUUGCUACUGUCUGUCAUAGCUAAGCCCAACGGUUAAGGUCUUAGGAGCUUCUGGCACUACAGAAGAAAUAGUGGAGACAGAGAGCAGUGUAGGAAGUCAAACCAUUCAAAAAUGGUCUACUCCUUGCAUCAUAAUGACUACUUCAUGAUUAAGUGUUCAUGGUGUUAAAUAUUCUUUUAAUGUAUGGGAAUUGGGAUUUAGUUUGAAUUACUUUUUUUCCAGUUUGACUUCCUAGAAAUUAUAAUUUGAUUACUUAAGGAAAUUCCACUUUCUAGAUCACUGGCCUUAGGUGAUGAUUAUCAUUAGCAAUAAAUAUUGUUUUUGACACUUUACAAUAGAUGUAACCAGUGGCAGAACUACAAUGGUCACAGGUCCGACCCUGCAACUGGGAUGCCCGCCAGCAUUGUGAUGCAACCCCAGCCGCACGGAGCAAUUGCAGGGGCCGCAUUGAAGGGGCCCGUUUGGUGGCCCAUGCUCUUGUGGCCACCUGGAGCCCAGUCAGUGCUGCAGCGCUGCAGCACUUUAAGAGUGCAACCAGGUCCCAGUGAUUACAUCAGAGCACUAGGAGGAAGCCAUCACUUCCUCCCAGCUAACAGAGCCGUGCUGGAGGAGAGCAUCAGAAAAAGAGGAGGGAGUCAGAGUGGGAGCUCUGACUCCCAUCAGCAUUAGGUAGCCACUGGACCCCAGGGAAAUCACUCCCCUGCACCUAAAGGUAGAAAACAGGAGGGGGAACUAACAUUUUUAACAGUUUGUGUGUGUGUUAAUGUCUGUAUCUGUGUGUCUGUAUGUUUGUCUGCAUGUGUGUGUAUGUUUGUAUGUGUGUGUGUCUGCAUGUGUGUGUAUCUAUUUGUUUGUAUGUAUAUCUCUUUGUAUGUAUAUGUAUCUGUUUGUCUGCAUUUGUGUCUGUAUUGUAUUUUUUUUGUCUGUAUGUGUUUCUCUUUGUCUGUGUAUCUUUUUGUUUGCAUGAGGGUCUGUAUGUAUAUCUGUUUGCAUGUGUGUCACUGUUUUCCCCUAUGUAUCUGAAAGUGUGUCACAGUUUAUAUCUGUAUAUGUGUCAUUGUAUUUCAGUGUUUGUUAUUAAGUGUGUCUGUGUAUCUGCAUCCUGUCUAUAUGUGUAUCUGUCUGUAUGUGUGUCUGUAUGUGUGUCUGUGUGCCCUGUGUCUGCAUGUGUGUUUGCAUGUGUAUCUGUUUUUUCUGCAUGUGUUUCGGUAAGUGUAUCUGUUUGCAUAUGUGUCAAUGUGUGCCCAUAUGUAUCUGUAUGUGUGUACUGUUUGUAUUUGUAUACAUGUCAUUCUGUGUAAGGAUAUCUGCAUGUGUUAAUAUGUGUAUCUUUCUGUAUAUCCACAUGUGUGUCAGUGUGUGUCUGUGUACCUGUAUGUAUCUGUAGAAGUGUAAUUAUGUGUAUCUGAAUAUCUGAAUGUGUGUAAUUCUGUGUUUAUGUAUUAGUAUGUGUGUCCGUGUAUGUAUCUAUAUGUGUUAUGUUAUACAACUGGAGGGGCAGGGAGGGGAGUCGGGAGACGUAUGUGGGGAAGGAGGAGGCAGGAUCCCAGGGCAAUUUUGGCACCAGGGCCCUGUGGUUUCUAGUUACACCUCUGGAUGUAACCCAAUCAAACCCAUUAGUAAUUUUGCAGGAUGCAUACAAGCUGCAACAUCUAUUCAGUAAUACCAGGGUACUCUACAGGGAAGGCAAUAAAGAGGGAGGGCUGGCCCUGUAUGUGAAGGAUAGCAUAAAAUCUAGCCUAAUAAAAGUUAGUGAGGCGAACAUAGAGUCUGUUUGGGUUACGUUAGAAUUUGGUAAUCACACAGUAACUCGUGAAGGUGUGAUUUAUAGGCACCCAGGACAAAUUGAAAAGUUAGAUAAUCUACUAGUUGAGGAAAUAGCUAAAAUGACAAUGAAGGGGGAUGUUAUUAUCAUGGGUUACUUUAAACUUCCUGAUGUGAAUUGGAAAACAAAAAUAGCUACUUGUGCCAGGAGCACACAUAUUCUUAACUCCCUACUGAGAUUAUCUCUAAAACAAGUCGUAAAGAGGCCAUACUAGAUUUAGUGUUAACAAAUGGAGAUUUGGUAUCAGAUAUUACUGUAGGUGAAAGUUUAGGAUCCAGUGAGCAUCAGUCAGUGUGGUUUAAUAUAAGAACAGUGACUGAGUCACACCACACAAAAACAAAAGUUUUAGACUUUAGAAAAACAGACUUUUCUAAAAUCAGAAUAUGUGUAAAGGAGUCAUUAUCGGACUGGAGCAGUUUAAAUGGAGUAAAAGAGAAAUGGGAUUAUUUAAAAGUUGCACUACUGAAGGCAACAGGAAAUUGCAUUAGGCUUGUCAGUAAAAGCAAAAAAUAAAAUAAACCACUGUGGUACUCCGCAGAUGUGGCCAAAAUAGUAAAAUACAAAAAGUUAGCAUUUAGUAAUUAUAAAAAACCCAGAGUGAGGAAGACAGAUUAUAAAAUUAGGCAGAAAGAGGCUACGCAAGUUAUAAGAGCUUCCAAAUCACACACAGAAGAGAAAAUAGCACAGUCAGUACAAAAAGGGGAAAAAACAUUUUUAGAUACAUAAAUGAGAAAAGGAAAAUAAAACAAAGAUUAGUUAGAUUAAAAACAAAAGAAGUUAUGUAGAAGAGGAUAAAGGUCUAGCUGACUGCCUCAAUGAAUAUUUUUGUUCCGUAUUUACAAAUGAAAAUGAAGGAAAGGACCUCAGUUAAGAAAAAGGAUAAAUGAGUCAUUUAUUACACGUGAGUUUACAGAGGAAGAGGUUCUAUUUCAACUGUCAAAAGUAAAGACAAAUAAGUCUAUGGGCCUGAUGGAAUACACCUAAAGUUAUUAAAAGAGCUUAGUGGUGUACUAGCAAAACCAUUAACAGAUUUAUUUAACCAAUCAUUGUUAACAGGAGUAGUCCCAGAAGAUUGGAAGUUAGCGAAUGUUGUGCCCAUUCACAAGAAAGGUAAUAGGGAGGAAUCGGGCAGCUAUAGGCCAGGAAGCCUUACUUCAGUAGUGGGGAAAGUAAUGGAAACCAUGUUAAAGGAUAGAAUUGUUUAACAUCUAAAAACACAUGGAUUACAAGAUCGGAGACAACAUGGGUUUACUUCAGGGAGAUCGUGCCAAACUAAUCUUAUUGAUUUUUUUGAUUGGGUAACUAAACUAAUAGAUCAGGGUGGUGCAGUAGACAUUGCUUACCUAGAUUUCAGUAAGGCUUUUGACACUGUUGCACAUAGAAGGCUUAUCAAUAAACUGCAAUCUUUAAGUUUAGAUUCCAAUAUUGUUGGGUGACAGGCAACAGAGGGUUGUAGUCAAUGGAGUAUAUUCGAUGCUUGGGCUUGUCACCAGUGGGGUACCUCAGGGAUCUGUACUUGGACCAAUUCUCUUUAAUAUUUUUAUUAGUGAUAUUGCAAAAGGUCUUGAUGGUAAGGUAUGUCUUUUUACUGAUGAUACUAAGAUAUGUAACAGUGUUGAAGUUCCAGGAGGGAUAAGCCAAAUGGCAAAUAAUUUGGGUAAACUAGAAAAAUGGUCAGUGUUGUGGCAACUGACAUUUAAUGUGGAUAAGUGCAAGAUAAUGCAUCUUGGACGUAAAAACCCAAGGGCAGAGUACAGAAUAUUUGAUAGAGUCCUAACCUCAACAUCUGAGGAAAGGGAUUUAGGGGUGAUUAUUUCUGAUGACCUAAAGGUAGGCAGACAAUGAAAUAGAGCAGCAGGAAAUGCUAGCAGAAUGCUUGGUUGUAUAGGGAGAGGCAUUAGCAGUAGAAAGAGGGAAGUGCUCAUGCCAUUGUACAGAACACUGGUGAGACCUCACUUUGAGUAUUGUACGCAGUACUGGAGACUGUAACUUCAGAAGGAUAUUGAUACUUUAGAGAGAGUUCAGAGAAGGGCUACUAAACUGGUUCAUGGAUUGUAGGAUAAAACUUACCAUGAAAGGUUAAAGGAUCUUAACAUGUAUAGCUUGGAGGAAAGACAAGACAGGGGGGAUAUGAUAGAAACAUUUAAAUACAUAAAGGGAAUCAACACAGUAAAGGAGGAGACCAUAUUUAAAGAGGACAUAGUCUUAAAUUAGAGGACAUAGUCUUAAAUUAGAGGGGCAAAGGUUUAAAAAUAAUAUCAGGAAGUAUUACUUUACUGAGAGGGUAAUGGAUGAAUGCAAUAGCUUUCCAGCUGAAGUGGUAAAGAUUAACACAGUAAAGGAGUUUAAGCAUGCGUGGGAUAGGCAUAAGGCUAUCCUAGCUAUAAGAUAAGGUCAUUUAGAAAAUUGGGCAGACUACAUGGGCCGAAUGGUUCUUAUCUGCUGUCACAUUCUAUGUUUCUAUGUUUCUCUAAUAGGUUUCUGAAUACAUUAAAUGUUCCCUAUAAGUGAUGAAAGUCAACUUAUUUAACUCCUUAAGGACCAAACUUCUGGAAUAAAAGGGAAUCAUGACAUGUCACACAUGUCAUGUGUCCUUAAGGGGUUAAGUAGUUUUAAAAAAAAAUGUUUUGUAAUCGUGUAUGUUUUCCUCUAUUUAAUAACUUUAUUGUUACAGGAUUAUUGCAAUAGUGAUCACGGGACAUUUCGAAUCCUAGCACAAAGUGUACCCUGCUGUGAUGAUGGAAAAACCUGUGCAAGAAAAAUAACAAUAGAUUUUCAGGUAUCUAUGUUGUUUACAUGUUUAAAUGUGUCUAUAAUUUAUAAAUGUAUCUAUAAUAUUAAAUAAAUGAAUGAAUAAAACAUUAGGUCUCACAAAUAUAUAUUGGUGUUUUGUUUUUUUCCAGGGGAUUGUCAUUACUCUCCAAGAUGGAAACGCAAUAAUCGAAAGCUCUGAAAUAUUAGAUUGCUCAAGUAGUCAAUAUACACCUUUAUAUUCAAUGAACACAGUUGGUUUAUACAUAACUUUCUCAUUUCUAAAUGGACUUACUUGUAUCUGGGACCGAUAUACAAGAUUGACAGUUCGACUAGAUUCACGUUGGAAUGUAAGUAAAUAAUUACAAAAUUAUGACAUUUCAUUUUACUAUUAUUAUUAUUUCUGAGCUGUUUAAUUAAUUUGUUUCCAGCAAAACAAUAGCAUUUAGCAUUAAACUGUUUUAUAUGUUUUAUUUAAAUAACGGAUCAAAAAGAUUGUUGCAAUAAAAAAAUAGAGAAUUAAUAAAACAGGCCUGUUGAACACAGAAUCAUAUUAGGCUAACAUAUUAUACUGCUGGCUUGUUAGUUAAAAUGUAUAUUGAUAGCAUUUUAUUUACUUUGAAUUACUGAUUGAUAUUUUCAUUUUUCUACACGUGUUUUAAAAUGUAAGUUUUAGUAUCCUUUCCCUCUUUAUUUUUAACUGUAUGAUAGAAUUGUUUAUUCUGUGACAAAUACUUAACAGCACUUUUGUAUUUAUUUACAAACAAUUACAUUUGAUAAAGCAUUGAAGGGACACUCUAAAUACAAUGACAGCUUCAGCUUAAUAAAGUAGGUUUGGUGAUUCUGCCUUUACAGUCUACAUGGUAAGUUAUGUUCCCCUGAGUUGUUAAAUCUGUUUGUUUAUGCAGCCCUAUUCACAUAUUCCCUGGCUGUGACUCACUCUGCCAUCCUACACACUUCCUGAAAUAGUAUGCUUUUUUUGUAACUUCCCUUACUGUACAGAGUUUAGAUCAGACUCUCCCAUUCUAUUAAAGGACCACUAUAGUGCCAGGAAAACAUACUCGUUUUCCUGGCACUAUAGUGCCCUGAGGGUGCCCCCACCCUCAGGUUCCCCCUCCCGCACGGCUCUGGAAAGGGGAAAAGGGGUAAAACUUACCUUUUUCUAACGCUGGGCGGGGAGCUCUCUGCCUCCGAUCGGCUGAAUGCGCACGCGCGGCAAGAGCUGUGCGCGCAUUCAGCCGGUCACAUAGGAAAGCAUUAUCAAUGCUUCCUAUGGAUGCUUGCAUGCUCUCACUGUGAUUUUCAAGCGCCUCUAGCGGCUGUCAAUGAGACAGCAACUAGAGGCUUUGGGGGAAGGCUUAACCUAUUUACAAACAUAGCAGUUUCUCUGAAACUGCUAUGUUUAUUAAAAAAAAUGGAUUAACCCUAGCUGGACCUGGCACCCAGACCACUUCAUUAAGCUGCAGUGAUCUGUGUGCCUAGAGUGGUCCUUUAAGUGCCUGCUAGAGCCAACAAAGCCUCUUUUACAGAUUGAAGUUCAAUAGACAGAGCAGGAGAUGAGAACUUAAAAAAACCCCAAAAACUUAACUAUAAAGAAAUUAAACACAGAAUGCUGUAAAAGUAAACUUUUUUUUCACAAACGCUGUAUGUUAUUCCUUUUGGGUAGUUAAAUGAACAAUCCACUGCACAUAUUAGAAGAAAAAACACUGAAAUCACUGUUUAGUAGAUACACCCCCAAUGAAUACAUGCAGGCAUUUUAAUUCAUUAAUUAAUUGGGGUAUAUCUUAAAACAGUUUGCAAAAACUACAGUUCUUAUGAACUGCAGCAUUUGCAAGCCCUCCUCCUUUUCUCUGGAAAAAAACUUUUAGUCUCCUUCAGGGAGAUUAGCCUAUGAAGAAACUACACCUUUUGUUUCUUUAACUUUGAUUUUCCUCCUUCAGUAGAUAAAACUACCGAACACCGACCACCCCUCUGGUUCAUUAACUACAAAGCAAACUGCAGAUUAAAGUCUCUCCCUGUGUGGCUGCCAUUCAUAUAGGCCGAACGCCACAUGCUGGAGAAAAAGGCAGCCAUUUUGUUCACAUGGAAGGAGGCUGCGGGACUUGGUCAUUGAGUAUCUGGAACUAAAAUCAGACACUCAACUUCCCGAACGCCGGUCAACUUUGCAAACGACUGCUUCUUUUCACUGACUAGCCAGGAGAGCGCUAGGUUUGUUCCCACGAAAUAGGGGAACUGCUACCUCUGAAACUGUUUUGGACAUAAGACUUUCUGUGCGGUUGGUCAAAUGAUGACUUCCCGAACCCCUGAACCGAUCUGGGUGAUUGUUUUGAUAUGCUUGUCCCCCAUAUCGGGGUUAUCAAGGGAUGUGACUGUUGUGGAUUUCCAUGUGUUUUGGGGGUACUUUCUAGGUGCUAUUAAAAUGUAUGUUUUCUGUGCCUGGAGAUAAUUGAGUUUAGUACAGUUCCCGACUCAAUUAUCUCACAGGUACAGGGGAGGAAUUAUCCUGUUUUGUGUGUGAGUGUCCUGUACCUGAGAGCCAGUGUAGUUACAGUGUGUACUUUGCCAUAGUCCCCUCUCAGGUCCAGUGGGGAAUGCCCCUGGAAUAUGUCACGGUAAACCCCUUGCAUGGGGACAUGCAUAUAAACCUGCCAGUUGGCCUGAGUAAAUUCAUUCCUGUUGUACCCUUCAUCUAGUUUAGGCUGAUGUUUGGGUAUGUGUCUGAUUGCGUGGAGAAUUUACUGGAAUACUGCAUUUUCUUCUGGAGAACGUUUGAAUCAACACCCAAACUGCAAACUAUAAUCGCUCAGCCUUUAGCACUCCCCGACGAACCGAAAGCAAACAGUAUCUGAAAUUACCAGCAUUGUUAACAUAGCCAAUCAGCGGUUGUUUAUUGAGAAGCCUCUGGAGGGCUCCCUCCAUGCACGUGCAUGCUAGCUCAUGUGCUCACAUCGGCUUGUGCGCACACACAAGCAGCAUUCUGAUCUGAAGUCUGGAUGUAGUUCUGAAGUAUGUAGAGUAGAGCAGGAUUGCCACUUUUUAGGUAGAAAAUGAGCCCAUAUUACUAAAGGGAACACAAAAAAUGGGUGAUAAAACCUAAGUCCUAAGUUGCAAACAGGAAAAAACAAAAAAAUAAUAAUAUAUAAUGUGUUCCCUAUUAGGGAAGAUAAUUGCUGUGUCCCAAUAUGUAGCAACUAUUUAUAACAAAUUGCCAAAGAAGAUGAGGUACUGCUGUGGGCACUAAAUAGGGGACUGCUGUCUAAACAUUGGAUUUAGGUGCAAUAAGGCGUAGUAAGAUAGAUAACUCUUGGUAGCUCUACUAGCCAAUUUUAAUAGCUCGAACAAUAUUUAGAGGUUUAGCAAUCAUUAGUCUCUAAAACAAUGUGUAUUAGUACAUUACAGCUAAAGUCCCUUUUAGUAGGUCCCUAUUGAUCUCAGCACAGUUAUGACCUAUUAAGCAAGGUGAUUAACUAGAAUAUAAUGUAGAAGGCAACCUAGGAACAAUCUUAAAGUUUUAACGUACAGCUUAAUCCUAUAGUAUCUUAAAUUAGCUGUGCUUGUGCCUUCUUGGACACCUGAUAGUCUUAUUGUCUAUUGGCUAAAUACACUAGUUCUAACCUAUAAUAUCUAUGCUAUCUUGAGUUAGCUGAGUUAUACCUUUGUGGACACCUGAUAAUCUUGUCUUCUGUCAGCUAAAUACACUAGUUCUAAUCUCCAAUACCUAAGAUUUAGCAAAAUACUAAAUACAGAUGGUGGCUACAGAAAAAUAAUCAUCUUGAUUGACUAAUUUGUCAACAAAAUGUUCCUACAUUCUAAAAGGAACUUAUGUAUAAUUCAGACAUUCACAGUUCAGUAGAGAGACCAGACCAAACAGAUCAGUAGUAGAGCCAGCAGCAGCAGAUUGUAAUAAAUGUAAGAUUUUACUAUAGGGAGGGCUAGAUGGUGGUUCUGUGUCCCAAGGAUCAGGGACGCAUAAUUUUGUUUCCUGACCCUAUAGUGUUCUUUUAAUGUCAUAUUGUGCUAUACUAAAUCUAGAGGAAGACCUUGCUAAAAGCUGCAAUUGAACUUGAAUUUUUAUAAAUCUACAUUUGAGAUUGUAAAGUACUGCAGUAUUGUACAUUGUUUUUCAGUUACCAUUAUUUGUUUUUGUUUUUAAUCAACAUAGGGAAAGGUUUGCGGCCUCUGUGGAAAUAACAAUGGAAAUAUGAAGGAUGACUUCAAAGCAAGGGAUGGAUCUUUAGUUGUUGAAACUCUGAGAUUUGCCGACUCAUGGAAAACUGACCCGUUUUGUAAAAAUACAGAAACACAAGUAUUCCCUUGCGAUAAAAAUCCAUACUGUAAAGCUUGGGCAGAAAGAAAAUGCAGUAUCAUAAAAACUUCUGUAUUUGGAAACUGUCACAAAAAGGUAAUGUUAUGAAAACACAGCAUUUACUAUAUUAAACAGUUUUCUGAUUUUCACAAUAUUGAAGCAGAAAAUUGCACCAUGUGUGCAAGUAAAGCCACCACUCCAAUUAGAAAUUAUUAGAAAUUUAAAGAAACAUCCCAGAGUUAGUAAUAUACAUAUGUAUUCCUAAUGCUAUAGUGCCCUAAUCACCAUCUAUGUGAGGUAGUUAACUCACUUUUUUCCCUUGUCGCAUUGUAUCUGUAUAUCUGCAUGUGUGUCAGGCUGUGUAUCUGUGUGUCUGUAUGUGUGUCAGUGUGUGUGUCGCUGUAUCUAUAUGUAGUCAGUGUGCGUACCUUUAUAUCUGCAUGUAUGUCAGUGUUUGUAUCUGUGUAUCUGCAUGUGUGUCAGGUUGUGUAUCUGUGUGUGUGUCUAUGUGUGUGUCAGUGUAUCUCUAUGAAGUCUGUGUGUAUCUGUAUGUUCUUGUGUGUAUCUAUAUGCGGUCAGUGUGUAUCUGCAUGUGUCAAGUAGUGUAUUUGUGUGUAUCUAUAUGUAGUCAGUGGGCCCAAGUAAAUGCUUGUCAUGGGACCAAUCAAAAUUAAAGACGGCCCUGGCUAUGGCAUCCAGAUAAUGUCAUUGAGAUUAAGUGAUCUGGGUGCCUAGUGUGUUCCUUUAAGUCAUGUUAGCUAUCAAUGGCAUAUGGUGAAGUAUUUUGGUGUGGAGUUAGUAUUUGUGUGAAUGCAUGUCAGUAUUUGCACUUACAAAAACUCAUACAAUGUCACUUUUUAUCCAGAACACCUAGAGACAAUGAAGUCUUAGUGUCCAUGUAGCUGUUUUUUUGUGUGUAUGAAAUGUUAUGAAAUAUGAAAUGUCAUGAAAGUGGGGUGUGUCUCUUUGGGUGCAAUGUUUCUGUGCAUAUUGUGCAAUUGUUGUGUGACUGUAUUGUUGGUUUUAAGUGCAAGUUUACCUGUAUAUUUUUAGUUGGUUUCCUGUUCUGUGCUACAUCUUUCUUUAAUAGGGAUGUGCAGGGAAAUUAUUUUGUUCUAUUCAUUGGUGUGACAUCAAACAGAGAAUGCCCUUUUCUUAAAUUGGAUAUUAGUAGAUAUUUCAAAAUUUGCUAUCCUUACUAUGGAUUGCCAUAAUUAAGGAUACCAAAUAAGAGAAAGGUCUGCUAAACAUCUAACAGCAGAGGCAGCUCUCUAAUUAGGUGAUUUAGGUGGCCACCUAAAGCCUCGAGGCUGCCUAAAUCAUCAUAGUGCAGACUGACCAGUCGGAUCCUUGGUCCAUCACUGAUGGUCUGACACCAAGAGGGGGCCUGGAGGCUUGUCCUGUGUACCACCGGGUGCGAGUCCCCUCUGCUCAUUCUACUCUGAGGGGGAGUGAUCAAGUGCCACCAGUCUGCAACUUUGCCGGGUGCAGAGCUGCAGACUGUAAAGUAAGUUUAUCGCAAUCUGGCAAAUCAGAGCAUUGCCGUGGGUUACAAUUGCAACGCUCUGACUGGAGCUUGCAAGACACUUACCAUGUCCUAUGGUCUCUCCCAGAUCAUCAGCCACAGCAAGGAGAGCCAGCCAACCUGAUGAUCUGGGAGAGACCAUUGGACAACCAGGGAAUUCCAUCAAAGACGAAGGUAUUUGAAUGCAUUUACUGUUUGGAGGCUGGUCACUGAAACACAGCCUCCCCACACAGUGUCACUGCCACCUUCUUUCACACACUGUAACUGUUUACACUGUCACUAUUAUACACUGUCAACCCCCCCAAAACAGUCACCCCCUAUCAUUCACAAUGUCACCCACUCCCACACACACUGUCACUCCAUCCACACUGUUACCUCCUUCCACAUAGGGUUCCCGUCUCGCACACUGUCUCCAUCACAUCCUCCUACACACUGUAACCUCUAUUACCCAGACACACUCACCUGCCCUCACUCUUCACCCUCCUAAUCCUGUCACUCUCCCCCCUCCAACCAUACCAAACUCACCUGCUCUCACUCUCCCUCACCCUAUCCUAUUUAGGCCCACUAAUCCUUUCACACUCACCUUCUCUCGCACUGUCACACUCAUCCCCAACCCUGUCACACUCACCUCCCCUUGUUCUGUCGCACUCCCUCCUCCAACCAUGUCACAUUCGCUCCAACCCUGUGAUACACUACCCUAAGCAUACCAACUUACCCUUUCACAUUAAUACCUUCAAUCUUGUCACACUUAUCCCCUAACCAUGCCACACUUGCCUUGUCACAAUGACUUCCCAAUCCUGUCAUACUUAUCUCCCAUUGACUGUCACCCCUCCUCCUCCAAACAUGACACAUUCAUCCCAACCAUGCUACAUGUAUUCUGUUACAUUAACCACCAUUCCUGUCACACUUACCUCCAUUUGCACUGUCACACUCUCUCUUCCAGUCAUGUCUCAGACACAUACACAGAUAGACAAUGCCAGACACACUGAGAAAUAUAAAACAAAAUACAGUCCUCACUCAGGAGAAAACCCUUAUGAUCCACAGAAAAAUACACAGAAAUAAUGAAAAAGUGCACAUUUAUUGAUACAAAAAUUGCGGCGAUGUAUGGCAGAAAAUAGUCAUGGCAGCACUCCAAAAAGCUGAAAAUAAGACCAGGAAUAUUGAGUAACACAAACAGCAAAUAAUAAUCACAAGAUGGAAAAACAGAGAUCCAGGCAAGGACAACACAUUUGCAAAAAAUAGGAACACUUAGUGAAUUAAAUAUUAAAUAGUUGUGAUACUAGCGCUGAUGACACUCAGAAAUAUACACAUCCAGAUACACAUUGUAACUGUAUGACUGUAUUUGUCAGCAUGUGUUUCUCUGUGCAUCUGUUUGUUUGUAUGUGCAUGUAUCAGAGUAUGUAUAUGUGUACAUGUAUUUUUGUGCUUGUGUCUAUGGCUGCAAUUUGAAUAUAUUAAUAUCUAAUAUAAAUAUUUAUAAAUACAUUAAAAGAUUUUUUGCCCAAUCAAAAUUUUCAUGUUUCCCUUCAUACUGGCACUUAUGUAUACACAAAAUAAAAGAUAAAAACGGUUUCUAGCGCUCACUAUGUCCAAAUGUGAAAGACAGCUGUUACCCCCAAAUGAGAGUCUCUCUUGUCUGGUCAUCAAUAUGGAAUAGAGGAGAUGAAAAAUUGGGAGAAGCGCCUUGGAGGGAUCGUCAAAUUCCAAGUGGCAUGUGGUGGGAAAAUAGAGGAAAAAUAUAUGGUGCAGUAUGUCAAAUUUCCAAAUUAAAACAAGGAAAUACACUUACAGUGUAGAGAGCUAUCUCUUAGCUUUAGAUGUAGCACCUUGGCAGUUACAUCCCCACCUAUGGAUAUAACGAUUAAAAACUAUUUGAGAGCAAAAAGAAGGUUUUGUUCAAUCCAAAACGCUUGGGUAGUAUAUUCUCAACGAAUGAAAAUAACAUAGUUACAUAGCUGAAAAGAGACUUGUGUCCAUCAUUUUCAGCCUUCCUCACAUUUGUUUUUUGCUAUUGGUCCAAAAGAAGGCAAAAAGUUUGGCAAAAUCCAUUUUGAAGCACUUCCAAUUUUGCAACAAGCUAGGAAAGAAUUCCUUCUUGACCCCAGAAUGGCAGUCAGAUUUAUCCUUGGAUCAAACAGUUAUUACCCUACAUUGAAAGAUUAUAUCCUUGAAUAUUCUGUUUUUGCAGUAUGCAUCUAGUAGCUUUUUGAACAUCUGUAUGAACUCUGAUAAAACCAGAAUUAGGCAGAGAAUUCCACAUCCUUAUUAUUCCUACAGUAAAAAAACCUUUCCUUUGCUUUAGACAAAAUCUUCUUUCUUCCAGUCUAAACACAUGACCUUGUGUCCUAUGUAAAGUCCGGUUUGUGAAUAGAUUUCCACACAAUGCUUUGUAUUGGCCCCAAAUAUAUUUGUAUAAUGUUAUCAUAUCCCCUCUCAGGCGAUGUUUUUCUAAACUAAAUAGGUUUACAUUUGUUAACCUUUCUUCAUAGCUGAUAUGUUCCAUUCCUUUUAUUAAUUUUGUAGCCCGCCUCUGCACUUUUUCUAGUGCCAUAAUAUCCUUCUUUAGAACAGGUGCCCAAAAUUGCACAGCAUAUUCAAUAUGUGGUCUUACCAGUGAUUUAUAAAGAGGCACAAUUAUAUUCUCGUCUUGAGAAUGAAUGCCUUUUUUCAUGCAUGACAAUACCUUACUGGCCUUGGUGAUGUAUUAUUGUCAGGAAAUUCAGGAAGGUCCAGAAGUAUAAUAUAGAAUACACUUUAUUACUGCUCACAUAAAUAAAAGCAAAUAUGGGAACAAGUAUACAAAGCAUACUUAAUUGGUGCACUUUUUCAAGUGCAUUACAGGGAUAUGGUUCCUCAUAUGUCAUCUGACCCCUCUUCUCAAUUAACAGUACAUCUGAGUAAAUUCCCUUAACAAUUACAAUCUUUAAAAGUAGGGAGGCAAACCAUGUUUAAAAUUAUAACACACAUUAAAAACAAGUAUUACAUAGCUGGAAAAGGUGUACCGAGGUGGCGGCUGACAGUUGCGCCACAUGAUUGGCAUUGUCGUGGCUUGGAAUGUAUAGAAAACUAUGCCUAUAGCCAAUGGCAGAUAGGGGCUCUGGAUGCUACUAGUGGGGGUUGGGUGCAAAAACAAGACCUCUGAGAUCACGAACAGCCACCACUUGGGAGUAGCAAGAUGGCUGCUCUCUUUGAAAAAAAAGUAUUUUUAUUUUUACUACAGAAAUAACUUCAUGAUUGAUAUUAAUGUAUUUGAUGAUAAAAUAUUGUAGAACACACUAAUAUAAUUCCAAUUAGAGAAUCACAAAGACUACUCUUCAAAAAUUAGAAAGUGAAGAAAUAAAAUUAAAGUGGGAAAUAGCCACUUGAAGAAAAAUACACAGAUUGGGGGGCAGAGCCAAGCCAGCAAGCUGACAAGUUGUGCCUCGCAUGAGCUCCUGCUGCACGGUCUAUACCCUCGAUGAUGUCUUGGGCUGCAGUGCUGGAAACCUCUCAUAACAGAGCUAUACAGAUUAGGGCAGCCUGCAGGUACCUGUAGUCACCAAACUCAACACCUAGAGCGACCGGGAACUGCAGCAGAAGGCUGAGGCCUACUGGAGACGGUGGAUGGGAAAGGCGGCCGCUUUCCUCCUGCUGCCACAAGUGAGCAAGACACCAGUGGGGGAUUCCCCGUGGACCAGUGGGGGAUAUCCCGGUCCCUGCCAGACGGAGCAACCCACGCCCCAUACCUCACGGCUGACCCUGCAGACUACACAAGAUACACGGGAGCCGAGGUCUCCAAAAUGGCAGCCGCAUCAGACUCAGUUUCACGUGGCAAGCUGAUGCAGCAGCAUGACCUGGCAGGCCCAAGCAACAAAGUAAAAGACACUCUUGAUGAUAUGUAUGACCGAUUCUGGGCCUAGCUGCUAACCCGUAUUAGGCCAGCUAUGACUACCACUGUACCAACUGAACAGGACCAAGUACACAGCCAGAGGAGGUUUGGGAAGCCACUAAAGGGCACAAAGCGGUCCCCCCACCUCAGCCAUUCAUACAAGUUGCCCACCCGAGCUGAAAGCAACAAGGGCCACAACCCACAGGUACCAGCCACACAUGGGUAGGGCCACAAGGCAUAAGUGACAACACACAGCGAACGACCGCAGGACCCAACACACCAUCCCAACAGGGAAGACCCUGGACCUCAAUGGAUUCCAGGGUCAUGCCAAGAGGGUACCAACUUUCACACAGCACCGGUGCUGGAGGGUUGUCUCACCUCCACGAUGCUGCACUUGCCCCCCAAAUGGACUGAGCCCAAACAAGAGAAAUAACUCUUGCAGGGGUGUCAGAUGACUGCUCAACACACCAUAUCAAGGGGCUUGCAUGGUAAUCCGCAACCUGGGUCCACGAAGCAACGACAAGGAGUCACAUAACUGUUCACGAGGAAACAUGCUUUAGUCUGUGUAACUUAUAUGUCUAUCUCUCCUGCAUUUAUUUUCACACUUUAGUAAUGUUCUAAUAUAAUAUUAUAAAAAUGUGCAAGUCUUAUCUAUUCCCCAUUAUACAAUGUGAUGCAAUGCCCAAGGGAAUGCCAUUGGGGUACCUCAAGCCUGUUUGCAAUACUCUUAUGCACAACAAAAAUACUAAAUAAAAUAAAAAAAAUACCUAGAUAAAAAAAAUCACACUGAGAGGCCUUUUUAAAAUGCCCACCUCCGAUCAAGAUGAAGAUAUCUCUAAGGAAGAGUGGUACAAGCAACAGGAAAACUGCCCCUUAGGCCUAAUUCGAAUUUUCAUUAAUAAGAAAAACAGGGUCUUACUUGCUAUAGACAGAGACAUCAACCAACUUAAAGAAAAACAAUCUGUAUAAGAACAGUCAUGAAUACAAACAGAAUUCAGUCCUUAUUCAGAGUAAAAUUUUAAAAGUUGCCACAGAAACCAAGCAUAUUAAAAUAAAAAAAAAUCAGAGACAAACAAGACUAUGCUAAAGGACAAAUCAGAACAUAUAACACAAAGUCAAAAGACCCCUCUACAAACUUCUGCAAUAGAGAUAGAAGCCCACUGCAAACAAAUAUCACUGUAACACUAACCAAAGAAGAUUCUCACCCUCUAUCAACAGACGAUAUAAUAAAUAUUCUAGAAAAGAAAAACCUGAACCAUCUUCUAGAUAUAGAUAUUAAAAAAAACCACUUCACCCCCACAAAAAAAAGAUACCAUUCUUUCUACACUUCCCAUCACCACAGAAACAACACAAACGUCUCCCCCCAAAAACCUGUCCCAUAUAAAAGACAAUAUAUUGUUCCCAACAUUGCCUCAUGUGACCAACCACUUGAAUAUAUAUCCCCCAAACCUCAAAGAAAAAUAAUUACCAUAACCCAUUUCUUAAAAAACAAAACCCCUAACAGACAAAUCUUAAGAGCACCCCCUACAGCAGAUGACCUUAUGAAAAGAAAUCGCUUUUAUACCCUAUCAUCUAAUUACACCUCAGAUGUAGAAUAAGAUUUUAUUUUUAGAGAUAGGUACUACAAAAUACAGAACAGAAGAAAAAGGGGGGAAAAAAGAAGUCUUAAACUAGAGGAAGAAGAAGUGACAGGAGAUUUCAAUAAAGGAAGAAUAGAGCUACCUUAACAACUACCAAUACAUUGAAUAAAUCACCAAAAAGUCUUGGUAUUUUUAACUUAUCUCAUAAAGUUUUAAAUGCAACAGAAACUGCUGUUUUAAGUAAAGGAGAGAAAUAUACCCCCACACACAAAUUCGACCAGUUCGCAGCCUACAUCAACAAGUUUGUCAGAGAAGCUACUCUAAAAAGAUUUUAUGAAUACGGCAAUGAGCAAAAUACAAAUAUAGACUAAACUAACAUUCCUGAUCCUAAACCUAUUUUAAAUGUUUUCCCAUAUUCUCAUACUAAUUUAAAACCAAACAUUUUAUCCUUUUUUUUAAUCAAAUUGUUUAGAUACUUUAGAAAAACUAGUCAUUAAAAAUCUGAAAAAAAAUUCAGUAUGAUAACUGAGGAUGUGCUGCAGUAAAAAUAUUAUCUGUAUCAUUCACAGUAUCGUUCACUCAAACCAAAUUGAUUUAAUUUUAGAAAGUAUAAAUAUUAUUAUUAUGAUAUUUAUAGAGCGCCGUCAAAUUCCGCAGAGCUUUACAAUGGGUGGAUGAACAGAUAUGUAGUUGUAACAAGACAAGUUACAGACAGGAACAGAGGGGUUGAGGGCCCUGCUCAAUGAACUUACUGAUUUUAACAAAAAAUGUUCUUUAGUUUUACAAUUCCUUUUACCUUCAAAAACGGGACAAUGCCAUGGGGACAAAGAUGGCCCCAAGCUAUAAUUUGUUCAUGACGGCAUUGGAAGAUGAAUGCAUCUGGGCAAAUACAAGAUGGAGAAAAAAUUCUAAUCUUAUAUAAAACAUAUAUUGCCCACCUAUUUUUUAUUUUUUUUUUGGAAAGGCUUAGAAUCAAACCUAAAGGAAUUCUUAACCUUUUUAGACAAUGAUAGAGGCAUUAUUUAAAAAUUUUAUUUUAGUCAAACUAGUGUUCACUUUUUAGACUUAGAAGUCUAUAUUAAAAAUAACAUUCUCUGUUCUAAAAUCUACUUAAAAAAAUACAUACUAAUUCUUUUAUUGAUUUUACUAGCUGUCACUACUCCCCGUGGCUAGAAGGCAUCACAAAAAGCCAAUAAAUACACUUAAAACAAAACUGCAUAGAUCCUUCAAUAUAAUUUUAUCAAGCCCAUGUUUUAAAAAAGAAACUUGAAGAAACAAAUAUAAUACCAAACAAAUGGAAUCUUUAAUUGAGGUGAUUAUACAACAAAAAUGAAAUUAUCUAAUACAGUAUAUUAAAAAAAACAAGUAAAAAUAAUAUCACUAUGCCCAUCAUUCUGGAUUUUACCAACAAAAGUUUUAAGAUGAAAAAAAUCAUUAAAAAAACACUGGGAGAUUUUAAAAGAAGAUAAGCUUUUAAAAUAUAUCAUCCCAGACAAUCUCUGCAUCCCCUACAUCAUGAAGUGCCCCUUUGUGCCUCCCCCCAAUUUAAAUUGAAGUUGGGCACACUGAGUCUCCAUUCACAAGCUGCAGAAGCAGUGCUGUCACUGGGGAACUGUGUUCCUCCCUUUUCCAGUGACUGGCCAGGUGGGGCACUGUGCUGGGAAGACUUCCUCAUAGGUCAGAGGAAGCUCAGCUCGGCUCUGCACAGAAGGUGAAGAGAAUGAGGCAUCCAGGCAGCUGCUGGUAAGUGUGAGUCAGUGUGUGUAGUUCAGACUCUGUGUGUUUCGGGAGCGUCGACAGUCUGUGUGUGUGUGUGGGGGGGGGGGGUCAGUCUGUGUGUGUUUGUGUGUAUGGGUCAGUCUGUGUGUGGGGGAUCAGUCUGUAUGUGGGGGUGGGGUGUUCAGUCUGUGUGUGUGGGGGGCAGUUUGUGUGCGUGGGGUCUGUCAGUCUGUGUGUGUAUGGCUCAGUCUGUGUGUGUGUGGAGGGGUUAGUUUGUGUGGGGUGGGUCAGUAUGUGUGUGUGUGGGGUCAGUCUGUGUAUGUAUGGGUCAGCCUGUGUGGGGCAGCAGUCUCUGUGUGUGUAUGUGUAUGAGCCUGUCUGUGUGGGGGAGCAGUCUUUUCGUGUGUGUGUGUGUAUGUGUAUGGGACAAUGUGUGUAUGGGUCAGUCUGUGUGUGUGUGGUGGGGGGCUCAGUCUUUGUGUGUGGGGAUCAGUCUGUGUGUGCGGUGGGGGUUCUGUCUGUGUGCAUGGUUCAGUCUGUGUAUGUAUGGGUCAGUCUGCAUGUGGGGGACAGUCUGUGUGUAUAGGUCAGUCUGUGUGUGUGUGUGUGUGUAUGGGUAAGUUUGUGUGGGGGGGUCAGUCUGUGUGUGUAUUGGUCUGUCUGUGUGUUUGUGUGUGUGUAUGGGUCAGCUUGUGUGUGGGGUGGGUCAGUCUGUGUGUGUGGGAGUCAGUCUCUGUGUGUGUGUGUGAGGGGGGUCAAUCUAUGUAUGUGGCAGUCAGUCUGGUGUGGUGGGGGUUCAGUCUGUGUAUGUAUGAGCCAGUCUGUGUGGGGGAGCAGUCUGUGUGUGUGUAUGGGUCAGUCUGUGUAUGUGUAUGGUUCAGUCUGUGGGUUUAUAUGAGUCAAUCUGUGUAAGUGCUUGAGCUCUAAGAGAUACACCUCUCAUCUCGUGGCCUCCCCUGUACCAGAUUGAUAGGCAGCCUUCUCAACCACCAAAGAUCUGGUUUUGCCACCCUGUCCCUGCAAGUUAAAAUCAGGGAAAGGGAAAUAUUCAUUUUCUUUUUCCUUUUUAAAACAAUUAUUAAAGUAAAAAAUGUAAAAAAAAAAUUGUAAAGCUCUUUCCUAUCCCACUCUCUACGUCCCCUGAACACAGAACACCCUCGCAGACAGUGAACCCCCCACACACUCCAACCAACAAAGAGUACACAUUUUCAUACACAUGCAAUGCACUCCUCAAACACAUCAUCUCUUUACCCACAUACACACUUCUUCCCCACAUACCUUCACCCCCACACACACAUCCAUACAUGCUUCACCUCAUUACACACCAAAUCUCAUAUAUAUAUAUAUUUAUAUAUAUAUAUACAGGUCCUUGAUAAGCAUACACUGCAACCCCAAUACACAUACACUCACAAUGCAGCCCGUAGAUGCCCAUGCACACACUUUACAUGCUCUUUCAGCACAUACACAAUCUCAAAAGCUCCUAUACAUGAGCACGUGCUCACACUACAACCCCUAGAAACACAUAGUACACCUCUAUACACACACACUUCACCCCUUCUAAACACCAUGGAAAAUUAUCUUGCAUCUCCUGAAAAGGUUUUCCAGUUUUCUUGAAAAGGUGUCUUGCCUGUAAUAAUAAAAGUGCAGAGGUGGAACUAGGGAGUGCUAGUGUUGCGGUUACACCGGGGCCUAUUGAGUGGCUCAUGCAAUUAUGCCACCUGAUGGGCAUGUGUUUUCAGGGGCCAAAACCGUUCUUUUGCACCAGGGCCCACUCUCUGUGAGUUCCGCCAUUGUGCAGCAACUUUGCCGGCACACAAGCUCUGCCCCUGCAUGGAAGAUUGCCUCCCCGUACGCAGGCUCCUCCCCUAGUCUCUGACUGAGACGCACAUUCUGGCAGGCAUACAGUGACAGGCACACACUCUCUCACUGAGACACACACUGACUGAGACACACACACAUUUUCUCACACACUCACAAAUUGCUAUUUUUAUUUUAAUUUAAAUGCACUCAGCCUUCCUACCUUUGGGAGAGCCAAGUGUAUAAUUUCCUGGCAUCCAGUGUGUCUCGCCUCAAUCUUCCUGCAGUUUCUCUCUGCUCCCCUACGCGCUCUCUGUAGUGAUGCCGGGGCCGGAGUGACAUCAUGUCACUAAACAGCGCACAAGGGAGCAGAGAGGAACUGCAGGAAGGUUGCUACUCCCUCGAGCGCCACCUCCAUGCUCCCCACGGCGGUCAGCUUUAAUGCUUCCUGCACGGCUUAGCAAAGGGCUGACAAUUGCCAGACACCAAGGCAAAAUGUUUAGUCGCCAUGGCGACCUGGCACCUGGAAUUUAUCGAGCCCUGUGUAUGUAUGUGGGUGUAUAUAUAUAUAUAUAUACAUAUAUAUAUAUAUAUAUAUAUAUAUAUAUAUAUAUAUAUAUACACACACAUAUAUAUAUAUAUAUAUAUAUAUAUAUAUAUAUACAUACACACAUAUACACCUUUUAUAACUGCCCCCUACUUUUGUCCCUGACCCAUUAUGUGCCCCCCUAAGUAUGAAUCCUGGAGACGCCACUGCCUGCAUUCUUUUUAGGGGUAACCCAAAUCUUAAAAGUCAUCUUACUAAGAAUUUUACUUAAAGCAAAACUACGUGUUUAAAUUCCUUUUAGAUAAAAAAAUUUUUUAUAAAUGCAAGCAAUGUACAGCAUGCAGAAGCACUAACAAUACAUACACUUACCAAUAUGUUGGCAUGACAACAAGAAAGCUUAAAACAAGGAUUGCAGAUCAUUGCAGAAACAUUUCUAAAGAACGUUUAAAUCCCUUUGUCUCUAAAUAUUUUUUAAUUCACAAUAGAGACCCAAAACACCUUAUAGUUUAUGCAACUGAAAAAGUUGCCCUCUCUUGUGAGGUGGUAAUUUCACAAAGAUAUUAGAUAGCCAUGAAAUGAAAUGAAAUGAAAUGGGCUUUUCAUUUAAAUACCCUAACACCAAAUAGUUGCAAUGUGGAUUUUGAUCUGUUUAUUUUUUUACAAUUUUAUGUGAUACAUGCCCCGCCUUUUUAUUACCUUUUAUACACCUUUUGUGUGCGUUUUUUUUACCCUGAUUAAGCCACUAGUAUGUAAGUCCUGGUAUUUCUUGUCCCAGUCAUCCUAUUAUGGUUCUUGUCUAGCCCCACAGUGUGUCUGUGAUAUUUCUAAUUUUCUGCUACUAAACUUGACUUGAUUAUCGUUUGCUUUUUUUCUGUAUUCCUGAGUUUUUGCUUAUCUUUCGUCUAUUCUAAUUUCUCCUACAAUUGAUCUUGUCUCUCUCCCUGACCAUUAUUAUGUUAUGCGUGACCACACUAUUGUACUCUCUGUUGUAGAUUAGGGUCUGUGUGUUUGGGGUUCCUUACACAUAUCGUGACAUGCACUUUGUGAAACUUAACUUGACUAAGACUAGUAGUAUCUUGGCUCAAAUUCUCAGUGAUAUCCCUGAAAGAUGUUAGUGUUAUGGAAAUAUGCAAAGAGUCAGAUGAAAUAGAUGUGUUCUAUCCUCAGUAUUGUACAGUUGCAAGAAAAAGAUUGAAUCAGCCAUACAGUAAGCCCUCCAUUUUGUAAUAACAUAACUCCAUAUGUUUAAUAUAUAAUUAAAAAAAACUCUCCAAUAUCUUGGCAAAAUUGAUAAGACCAUUGUUAAUAAAAUGGUCCUUUGCAUCUAAGAUGUAAUUUGGCAAAAACAAGUUUAACUCAUGACACUGAAGUCAUCCUUAGGUGUUUAUCCAAGAUGUAAUAAUGGCAGUCUUGUGACAUUUACUUAAUAAUUAAUUAUGUGAUAGUGUCCAAAAAGAAGUCUAGACAUUAGGACAGGCUGGACAUUAGGUAAAAUAUUGCUAAGACUGCUUGAAUAUUUCAUGUAACACCUAACAUAUUCACAUUCAUUGACUGCAACACACUGCCUGAUUGAAAUUAAUUAAUAAAUACAGUUGCAAGAAAAAGUAUGUGAACCCUUUCGAAUGAUAUGGAUUUCUGUACAAAUUGGUCAUAAAAUGUGAUCUGAUCAUCAUCUAAGUCACAACAAUAGACAAUCACAGUCUGCUUAAACUAAUAACACACAAAGAAUUAAAUGUUGCCAUGUUUUUAUUGAACACACCAUGUAAACAUUCACAGUGCAGGUGGAAAAAGUAUGUGAACCCUUGGAUUUAAUAACUGGUUGAACCUCCUUUGGCAGCAAUAACUUCAACCAAACGUUUCCUGUAGUUGCAGAUCAGACGUGCACAACGGUCAGGAGUAAUUCUUGACCAUUCCUCUUUACAGAACUGUUUCAGUUCAGCAAUUUUCAUGGGAUGUCUGGUGUGAAUUGCUUUCUUGAGGUCAUGCCACAGCAUCUCAAUCGGGUUGAGGCCAGGACUCUAACUGGGCUACUUCAGAAGGCGUAUUUUCUUCUGUUUAAGCCAUUCUGUUGUUGAUUUACUUCUAUGCUUUGGAUCAUUGUCCUGUUGCAACACCCAUCUUCUGUUGAGCUUCAGCUGGUAGACAGAUGGCCUUAAGUUCUCCUGCAAAAUGUCUUGAUAAACUUGGGAAUUCAUUUUUCCUUCGAUGAUAGCAAUCCGUCCAGGCCCUGACGCAGCAAAACAGCCCCAAACCAUGAUGCCCCCACCACCAUACUUCACAGUUGGGAUGAGGUUUUGAUGUUGGUGUGCUGUGCCUUUUUUUCUCCACAAAUAGUGUUGUGUGUUUCUUCCAAACAACUCAACUUUGGUUUCAUCUGUCCACAGAAUAUGUUGCCAGUACUACUGUGGAUCAUCCAGGUGCUCUUGUGCAAACUGUAAACAUGCAGCAAUGUUUUGUUAGGACAGCAGUGGCUUCCUCUGUGGUAUCCUCCCCAUGAAAUCCAUUCUUGUUUAGUGUUUUACAUAUUGUAGAUUCGCUAACAGGGAUGUUAGCAUUUGCCAGUGACUUUUGUAAAUGUUUAGCUGACACUCUAGGAUUCUUCUUCACCUCAUUGAGCAGUCUCUGCUGUGCUCUUGCAGUCAUCUUUACAGGACGGCCACUCCUAGGGAGAGUAGCAGCAGUGCUGUACUAUCUCCAUUUAUAGACAAUUUGUCUUACCGUGGACUGAUGAACAGCAAGGCUUUUGGAGAUACUUUUAUAACCCUUUCCAGUUUUAUGCAAGUCAACAAUUCUUAAUCGUAGGUCUUCUGAGAGCUCUUUUGUGCAAGGCAUCAUUCACAUCAGGCAAUGCUUCUUGUGAAAAGAAAACCCAGAACUGGUGUGUGUUUUUUAUAGGGCAGGGCAGCUGUAACCAACACAUCCAAUCUCAUCUCAUUGAUUGGACUCCAGUUGCCUGACAUCUCACUCCAAUUAGCUCUUGGAGAUGUCAUUAGUCUAGGGGUUCACAUAAUUUUUCCACCUGCACUGUGAAUGUUUACAUGGUGUGUUCAAUAAAAACAUGGCAACAUUUCAUUCUUUGUGUGUUAUUAGUUUAAGUAGACUGUGAUUGUCUAUUGUUAUGACUUAGAUGAUGAUCAGAUCACAUUUUAUGACCAAUUUGUACAGAAAUCCAUAUCAUUCCAAAGGGUUCACAUACUUUUUCUUGAAACUGUAUUUAUUAAUUCAUUUCAAUCAGGCAGUGUGUUGCAGUCAAUGAAUGUGAAUAUGCUAGGUCUUGCAUGAAAUAUUCAUGCAGUCUUAGCAAUAUUUUACCUAAUGUCCAGCCUUCUUUUAAUGUUUAGCCUUCUUUUUGGACACUAUCACAUAAUGAAUUAUUAAGUAAAUGUCACAAGACUGCCAUGAUUACAUCUUGGAUAAGCACCUAAGUAUGACUUCAGUGUCAUGAGUUAAACUUGCUUUGCCAAAUUACAUCUUAGAUGCAAAGGACCAGGUUAUUAACAAUGGUCUUAUCAAUUUUGCCAAGAUAUUGGAGAGUUGCCUAGUUUUUUAAAUUAUAUAUUAAACAUAUGGAGUUAUGUUAUUACAAAAUGGAGAGCUUACUGUAUGGCUGAUUCAAAUCCCACAUCACCAAGGUCUGCCACUUCCUACCCAAUCCUCCGUGACUAAGGAGCUAACAAUCCCAAUGAAAUUAUCGUAAAUCGUGUUGUGGAUUGGCUUCAGCUGUUUUAGAAUAUGCUCCUGGAUCUCCAAAGUACAAUUCCACCUGUUCCCUACAUCUAGUUUGAGAUGGUGCUGCUGGAUGCCUGCCUUCCUUGGUUCCUUUUUCAGAAGCCGUCUAUUCUUAACACUACGGGGAAAGUGUCCUGCAAUCUUUAUCAGGAGAUAUGACCCUAUUUGCUGCUCCGUCACCACAAAACCCAUUUCUGUCUGUGUGCUAGCUGGCUGUCCUAGCCACUGUGCCAUUAUUUUCUUCAGUAUAUUAUAUGAGGUGUGCUGCUCAUUUACCUCAUCAUGGAGGAGGAAGGAGUGGUCUCCCUGCUUGCCUGAAGCACUGGAAACCAUAACAGAGCCCCAUGCUCCUGAACUGGUUACAUCUUCUGACACCUUUGGCACAACCAAUAUCCUUUCAAUGACAGGAAGGCAUUCUGGUCUUUGGGAGUACACCAUAGGUUGGUUGUGAAGUGUAGUAAAAUAUACUAACCAGUUUUCAUUUGCACCUCCUUCAACACCACAACCAGGAACCAUGAUGGGAGCUUGUUUUAUGGUGAAACAAGCUGAGUGAAGAGCUACUGUCUACCAUAUUAAAGGGGGCUCUUCCAAUGGCUAUCAGCUAGCCGAUUAAUCAAAUUGUUUUGCUGUACUGUUGCCUGGACAUCCCUCUAGAAUGAAACCUGCCAAAUUGUUCCUAGGUGGGCUAUAAAACCUGCCUGGAAUGACUGACAGGCCUAUCUUUAUUUCAGAAAAUAAACAUGGAGAGCACAAUGUAGAACAUGAUGACUACAGGAUGGAAGCUGCUCCCUGGUCUAAGAAGACCUCUCAACACUGCUACUAAUGGUUGCUUUUCCUGCUUGGAACCUAUCCUUCCCUCAAUGUCUUCUUUAAUUUUGAGGGUGGGCUAAGCAGACUAUUAGUACUUCUACAAGUGUUUGACCUCCUCCUACUGCUGGCUCUGUUUGAUGACAUAACUAGAAGGGCAGAAAACUGAAUGAAACUGUGGUUUAUUUUUCCUCUACUUUGAAAUGAUUUAAACAGAAGCAAACACCAUCAGUACAGUUGGGGGUGGUAUCACUGGUGGUGCUGAUGGACCUAGAACUGCCUGUCAAUGAUAUCUAAGUAAGUUACAAUGGGUAAGUGCUGCUAGUUCUCAAUGUCAUUGGACAGCUGGCAGUGGUGAUUAUUGUGUAACUGGCACUACCAGCAACACAUGAGCUUCUUUUUUGGCCACUUUCCUCUGGGAGAGAGUGUGAAGAGGAUGAUCUAUUAUUUGGUGUGGUUUUUUUUUAUGUAUUAAAAACAAAAAAAGAAAACCUGUAAAACAAACAAAUCUUUCUUUAACAAAAAAAUGGAAAAUGGGGGCUGUGUAAAUGACAAAUGUAUGACUUUUUUUAGGCCACAAAGUACAACUAUAAACUGAGUUAAUCUGUGUGGUGCUUUGUGCCUGUGAGAGGACUACAUCUUCCCUAUUUGCUACUAACCAUUAACAUACAAUUAACUACAACUAACUUACUACUUCUACUUAUUACUAUAACUAUUAACUAACUAAUGGAGGUAAGAUUAAUUUAAAGAAAAAUAAAAUAAAGAAAAUGAGACAAAAAAAGAUACGAACAAACUAAUACACAAACAUAAUUUUGUCACUGUGUUUGCAAUGAAAAAAAUAAAUAAAUAUAAAAUAAUAGUAAUUCCUAUCAAACACAAUCUUUGUUAAUGUGGCUAAAAUUUUUAUUUAAAAAAAUUGAGGCUUUCGAAUUCAUCACCUGCUUUCCAAGUAAAAUUAAAUCAAAGAAAAAACAAAUAAUAUCAGAUUUUUUUUUUAAAGGCCCUUCCCUGCUAAGUACAACUGUAGCUCCAUCACCCACCCACUAACACUGUUAGCUUUCCUUAAUUUACUCUAACAAACAAAAUAAAACAUUUUUCAAAAAAUAAAACUGUUGAGUAAAUGGAUCGCUAGAUUAACAGACCAACUACUACAAAAAAGUGAACCCAGAGGCUCAGUGUAGCCUAGCCUUGAAGGCAGGCAGUGCAGAAAAAAAAGAAUUCAGAUACAUUGGUACUCAGGCUGCCUGCUCUGCACACAGAUUAAACAAAGAGUAACUGUCUUUCACAAAUGUCUUUCUUCAUACCCUGGGGUACCUCCUUGUCAGGGCCAAUCCUGGGUGGGUGCACAGGGUGCAAUGCGCCCAGGCACCAUGUGAGUUGAAGCAGAGGAUUGGCUGCCAACAAGCAGCAAAAAAUCCCUCUUUAAUUUAUAAACUGCUUACAAAAGCUGCAGAUUUCUUUUCUGCUGUCUUUGCUUGCUCUCCCCUUUAUCCUCAGCCCAGACUUUCUGUGGCUGUCCAAUCACAGACUUCACAACACAGCUCAAUGAGAAGUCUUUGAAAGGCAGAAGUUCUGAGUAAUUGCUGCUUCUUGAGUUUAGCUCCACUAAGCUAAUGAAACCAGGAAUGAUCUGCAUGGAACCUGGGGGUGUACCAAGGCUAAUUUAUAAAACGUCAAAUUUCUAUUUCUAUCUGCAGUUUUUGUAAAAUGAAUAAAAGAGGACACACACUUUUCACACAUAAAGCAUUUCAGAUACCCAAAAAUAGUAAUUUCAGAUUCCAAAGGGUCUGAAGUGUCACUUUAAACAUCAGUGGUUUGAUAAAAAUAGUGACAGGUAUUUAGCAAGUAGCUGCUAAAAUAUAACAAGAGGUAUGGAGAUAUGGCUGUCCUUUGCCUACCUUGAAGACGUAUAGGAUUUCUGGCAUAAAUGAUCUAAUUUCCACGGGAAAUAUGCUUACACUAAAGUGAGAAUUUAAGGUGAAGUUAAAGUGAAUUUUAAAUACAAGGUCAAAAUUGCCACACUGUAAAAAUCAAAAAGUCAGCUAUGCUUUCAGUUCUGAUACUGUGGCCUUCAAUUUGAAAUUCAAAUUGAAUUCACUUUAAAUUCGUGACCUUGACAGGUUGUCUAAUAAGUAUCAUUACCUGUCACUAUUUCCAUGUUUCUAUAUGUUUCUAUAUGGCAGUUUUUUAACAUGCUUGUAGAAUUUUCUACAUCAGUGUAACUAGCAAAUUCCAUUACUGCGUAACUUGUACCGGACAUUGCAUAAUGUGUAUCACAUGCAUAUCUUUCGAUCUAUAAAUCAAAAUGUGCUUCUGAAAUCAUAGUGUGAGUUUCUUGGAUUGCACAAUAAGUGUCACCAAUGGCAUUCUUCAUUCAUCUGUAUAUAGAAAACCCACAGACAGGUACAGCUACCUCCACAAUUCCAGUUUCCAUCCCAAUCAUACCAAACAAGGUAUCAUCUAUAGCCAGGCUAUCAGAUAUCUCCGAAUUUGCUCUGACACAGGAGACAGAGAUCAACACCUGAGUACACUGUCAGAGUCAUUUAGGGAAAAGGGAUACAAUGAAAAUACAAUAUCUAAAAAAAAAAAAAUCUGCACGAAAAACACAAUGGAAAAGGCUAUACUGUCUACAAUACAAAGAAAAGGAAAACAAAACUAAAAUCCCUCUGGUAGUUACAUAAACCCAACUCUAGAAGGAGUGUGUAAAUUAUUAAAGAGCUACAGCCGUUAAUUUCAGAAGACCUCACAUUCACAGAAAUAUUUCCUAAGCCCCCGUACUAGUAUUCAAAUAACCUGAAACAUAGAUUAGUGGGCAGCAAACUGACCACAGAACAGGAGCUCACACAGAAUGGCACUGUACUAUGCAAUAAAUCACUCUGCAAACUGCGUCAACAUAUAUGUGGCAAUAACACAGCACAAUUACUAAUCAUUCAACAUUAAGGGAUCAUAUUCAUGCACAUCUACAAAUGUGUUGUACAUGAAACAUAGUACAGUGUGUGACAAAGGUUGUUACAUUGGAGAAACUCGCCUUAAGCUGCAUCUCAGAAUGAGCCUACACAGACACUCAAUCAAGGAAAACAAAUAUUAUACCCCGUUGGUCAUCACUUCACACUCGGCGCUGGGUCAGGCUCAGCCCUCGUUCCUCCCCCGCCGACAUCAGCUGGCUGGGGAGACCUAAUGCACAUGUGCGGCAAUGGCCAUGCUCACCUUACGAUUUCCUCAGAGGAAAGCAUUAUUCAAUGCUUUCCCAUGGGGAUUCCGGUGAUGCUGAAAGUCCUCAUGCAUAACGUGUAAAGAUGCUACUUGGUAUAUAUCAAUAAAUUGUAUUUAAUUUUUUAAUAGGAUCAAUUCUUCUUCAAGAACAGUAAUGAGGAAAAAUAUUCUCUCUUGUACUAUUGCAUAGUAAAAGCCUGUUAUCAAUAUUUUAAUAUAAAUAUAUAUUUUUUCUCUUAAGAAAAUUAGAAACUAUUCAGACUGUGCUUAAGCCUGUGUAGAUGUCAUCAGUGAGGCGACAUUUUUAUCCCUAAUUAAAAUGAAAAAUAGUUUUAUGUUUUUACAUUUUAUUUCCUAAAUGUAUUGAAUUUUAGGUUGAUCCAACACCAUACUAUGAAGCAUGCAUCCGAGAAGCCUGUGUGUGUGACAUGGAAGGAAAAUAUCUUGGGUUUUGCACAUCUAUUGCUCUGUAUGCUGAAGUUUGUAAUGCUGCUGCAGUAUGUAUUGAUUGGCGUACUCCAGAUCUUUGUCGUAAGUACUUAAUUUCUUGUUUGGUUUAAUGAUAUCAAUUAUCUUACUAAUCUGCUUUGAAGAAUUAUACAUACUUUAUAGAUAUACUGUUUACACUUUGUUCUUACUGUGUAGUGGCAUCACCAUUGUCAGAAUGUAUACACAAACUGUGAAUAUUCCUAUGAAUAUUGUCUGUAAUACAUUGUCAGGAUACAAUUAUGGACAGUUCAUUAAAUGCCUUGAAAAUCAUAUAUCAGAUUUAGUUAAAAAAGGUCAAUCUUCCCUGGACAUUAUGCAGAACAAGUUGGGCUUAUUUAUUUUGGUUAACACCAGUGUAAUGGAUAACUUUAAAAUGUGUUGCAAUUGAAAUGUGUUCGUAUCAUAAAAUGAUUGCUGCAGCCAUUAUGUAAUGAUAUGCUAAUACUUUGAAUAUUGCUUAUUUUAGCCAUUUACUGUGAUUAUUACAAUGCACCUGGAGAAUACAUUUGGAACUAUAAACCUUGUGGAUCUACAAAGAUAAAAACAUGCAAUAAUCUAGAAGUUGGACAGAAAUUCUCAAGCCUAUUAGAAGGUAAAAAUGUCAGAAUACAAUUUGAUAUUAAGUAUAGCUGUAAGAAAUAUGAUUUCUAAUAAUUUACAAAUAUCACAUUUAAAAAAAUAAUAAUAAUAAUUAAUUUCAAUGUAUUCACACAGGGAGGCAUAUGAAAACAUUGUCUUUUCUUAUAAUGCAAAUGUUAAAAAAAACAUCUAUGGAAAGUAUAGAAAGCUUGCAUUUUUUUUCUUGUGAUUAUCAUUCAGUAACAACACUCGGCAAACAGACCAAUAUCAUGUAAUAUCAAGAGGAUAUAUAUAUUUUUUUAAUCAAAACAUCUUCUGCCCUUUAUUAAUAUGUACUAAAGACAUAUUUAUUUUACUUUUAAAUUUAGGUUGCUACCCAAAAUGUCCUGCUGAUACCCCAUACUUGGAUGAAAAUACCAUGAAAUGUGUUAGUCUUCCUGAAUGCAGUUGCUCUUACAAGGGUAAAAUGCUUGCUGCACAUUCUGGUUUUACAGAUGAAUGUGGCAGAAUGUGGUAUGAUAACAUUUAUUUCAUAUAUAUGAUUGCUUUUAUUAGAAUAUAA